UCGGGUCAUUUACGACGGUCACCGCCUCAUACACAACGCCGAAACCCUUCCAAUCCAGCGCAGACCGACCUCCGACAGCAUAUUGAACGGAAUCGGGCUCGUCAAGAGUCGUCCAAACUCGAAACACUGCGACGACGAAUAGCCGAAUUGGAAAGUCGGCAACGGGUACCUGAGGAUCCACCUCGGCGAGCCUCCACCUCGGCCCAGGUGUAUUUGGAAGCCGAUUCUCCCCUUACUCCGGAACUCACUUCGGAACCAGUUUCUGGAAAAUGGCAACAAUUAAGGUCGGCUUUCCGAUCUCAUUUUAUCGGGGCCCAAGUAUGCCUUAUCCCGAAAGAGUCUCUUGCCAAUAUCACUCAAAAAGAUGAUGAAAGCGUUAAAGAUUAUAUUGCCCGUUUCAAUGACCGAGUUCAGAAUAUGGAACCUUGUCAUCCCGAAACUUUGCUUGUUAUGGCUAUUGCUGGAUUGAAGCCAAAUUCGAUUUUCCGCUGGACGCUAUGCCAAAAUAAACCGAAUACUUUUCAAGAAUUUCUCGCUCGAGCCCAGCAGCAUAUCAUAGCGGAAGAAGCCAUGUCGGUUCCCGAUUUCAACUUUAACUCGAAGUCCUCUAAGGCGGGAACCGACGAAAAAAGAAAGAAUAAAUUUUUCGACAAGCAAAAUAAGACUCAAUUCAGGGGGCCUCCCCGGGGAGACCCCAACGAUCCUGAAGUCCGAGCGGCCCGAAAACAGUACGCGACCGACGUGAAGUCCGGUUAUCAAACUUUGUACUCGGCGGGAGCAGCUACUAUUUAUGAAGAAAUAAAAGGGAAGGGCAUUUUGCCAGAUCCCAAGCCACUUCGGAUGCCUGAAGAAAAACUGGACAAGUCCCGAUAUUGCGAUUAUCACAAAUCGCCCGGGCACAACACGGACGAGUGUUUGAGUUUGUUGGCCGCAUUGUUGCGUUUAAUCGGCCAUCCGCAGCUUAGGAAAUUUUAUCGUAAUACUGAUUCCCAGAGGCGAGGUCCUGGACGUCAGAUCGAAUCCUUCGAUGAUGAAGACGACGAGGAAGACCGAGGUGCUAUGACAAAACGCAUCCGACAGGGAGACAAGGAAGUAUUCAUGUUUACCUCGGGGACUUCCGAUUCUAACCCUGCUGAAAUUUCCCGAGGACGUAAGCGAGAUAGGUCUCCUGAACCAAUGCAAAUCACUGUCCAUCGGGUCAAUACCAACAACUCCUGGAGUACAUUGUCCCGCCGACAGGCCAAGGCGUAUGCCCGACAAGCUCACAACUCCGGUAAACAGGUUUAUACCACCGAUUUGAGAGAUGUUCUCAACAAUCGGAAUUGCCCUAUAACCUUCAAUAUGGAGGACGCGAAUCAUUUCGCUCAUCCUCAUUCCGACGCCCUGCACGAGGAUAUGAAGGGCAUCGACCCCGGUGUCGCUAGCCACAAACUAAACCUCGAUCGAACAGUCCGGCCUGUUGUACAAAAGAGAAGGAAACUGGGGCCGGAUCGUCAGAAGGCAUUGGAAGAAGAAGUCAAAAAACUCGUUGACAAUAAAUUCAUCAAGGAAGCCAAAUACCCGACGUGGGUCUCAAAUCCAGUUCUCGUCAAAAAGAGUAACGGGUUGUGGAGAUUGUGUAUUGAUUUUUCCGACCUUAACAAGGCGUGCCCAAAAGACAGUUAUCCACUUCCCCAUAUAGAUUAUAUGGUUGACACCACGUCGGGACAUGAGUUGAUGAGUUUUAUGGACGCUUACUCCGGCUACAACCAGAUUCCUAUGGACCCCGAGGACUCUGAACAUACUUCAUUCUAUUCGGCCAGAGGUUUGUAUUGUUACACUAUGAUGCCAUUCAGAUUAAAGAACGCCGGAGCCACAUAUCAACGUCUUGUCAACAAAAUGUUCGCAACAUUGAUCGGACACACUAUGGAAGUUUAUGUUGAUGACAUGCUCGUCAAGUCGGUGCACGCCUUUGAUCAUAUAAUGCAUCUUCGAGACAUGUUCGCCAUCCUCCGAUCUUAUUCCAUGGUGCUGAAUCCGAAGAAAUGCACUUUUGGAGUCGAAUCCGGAAAGUUUUUAGGCUAUAUGGUUAGCCAGCGCGGGAUUGAAGCCAAUCCGGCCAAAAUAAAGGCCAUUCAGGAUCUAACUCCCCCAGCCUCGGUCAAGGGUGUCCAGGCCCUAACUGGCCGACUUGCUGCACUCAACCGGUUCAUCUCCAAGUCUACAGAUCGUUGUAAGCCUUUUUUCGAAGCAAUUAAGAAAGGGAAACGUUUUGAAUGGACUGACGAAUGCCAAAAAGCUCUUGACAAUAUCAAGGAGACGCUGAUCUCUCCCCCGACUUUGCAAAAGCCAAAACCCGAGGAGAUGUUGUUCUUAUACCUCGGAGUUAGUGAAUCUGCCAUUAGCGCUGUUUUGAUACGUGAAGAAGGAUUGCUGCAAUCACCUAUCUAUUAUGUAAGCAAGGCCUUGCACGAUGCCGAACUACGUUAUCCUCCGAUGGAAAAGUUAGCGUUUGCACUUGUGAUGGCAGCCCGGAAAUUACGACCAUACUUCCAAGAGCAUUCUAUAACUGUUCGCACUUCGUAUCCACUUCGGCAAAUCUUGCACCGACCUGACACCUCGGGACGCAUGGUUAAAUGGGCCAUUGAGCUCGGACAAUUCGAUAUCCACUAUCAACCAAGAACCACAAUCAAGGCUCAAGCCUUAUCCGACUUUAUCGCCGAGUUUACCCCGGCCAUCGCAGUUCACUAUAAUAAUCAACCAUGGGUCCUCUAUAUUGAUGGCUCUUCAACAGCCAACCGAGCAGGUGCAGGGAUAGUCUUGGCUGAUCCAGAGAAUCGGUUAUUCU